GCAUUUCUUUCUCUGGUUUACCUUAUACUGACUGUUUUCAAUUGUUAAGAUUUUAGGUUUCUCGAUCCAGUUAACACAUCAUGUUUCAGCCAAUCUAAACGUGUUAAUUAGGGAUAUCUUGACAUGUAACCAUCUCUUAUUAUCUCUUCUUUAUGUUUUAUAUUUGCAAGUUCAGGGACGCAUGCAAAAGACAGUGGUAACUUCUUUGAAUUAUUCAUUCUUUAAGUUAAUGAUAAAUCAUGAUCUUGAACCUUGUAGCUUAAAGUCUAAAGAUUACAAUUUGCGGAGAUUCCAUAUCCGUUAUAUAUUCUGCAAUAUUUUCUUUCUUUCAGUUUGUCUCUACAAAUUAAUAUGGUGUUAAUGCAGCAUUGUGAAAUAUUUCACCGAAAAAUCUAUUAAGCUGACUGUCACUUUCCAUAAAGUGAAAUUUAAAAGAUUUCAAUAUUGUUCUCUUUUUUUUUUGCGACUGAAAUUUAAAAACGAUAAUUGGUGAGAGAAGUUUCAUAGCAUGUCGACAUUGUAGAUACUCUUGUUCUUACACAUUGUCUUCUUUAUUUUACGUAUGAUCAAAGUUCUGCACUAAUUUUCAAAAGAAACCUAUAAUAUAUAGGGGAUUGCUGAUAAAUGCUGAAUCAUCCCGGUUUGAUCUUCAUUUGAAGGCUUUUUCUGUGAUCUCUUGUCAGUUUCUAGAGCAACAUGUGUAUAAUUUCUAAAACUUAUCCUUUAGAUUAUACAGAGAAGGCUACAUUUUCUUUUUAGACUAGCUUCUGGACUGAACACCAACUGUCUAUAAUUGUCUAAGAAUUAAGACAAUAAAUACCAGAAAGGAAAUUUAAACAUUUAUGAGGCAAACAGGUAGACCUUUGAAAUGGCUAAUAGAGGUGAGGUAAUUGAAGUUGUUUUUUUUUUUUUCUGAUUUAACUCUGCAUAAUUAUUCUUUGGCUAUAGAAUUGCAUAGUGUGAAUGUGAGUGAAAGAAGUCAACCAAAGAAUAGGAAUAUUUGGUUGAAAGAAGUCAACCAAAUAACUCUGCAUAAUUAUUCUUUUUAGACAUAUUAAAUGCAUCUUAAGAAAUUGUAACAUGAAAUGCUCAUGGAUGCCGCUUAUAUCGGUCUUGGUUCUUUUCACGACUUGGGCUAUGAUAAAGACGUGGUUGUGGAGAAGAUUGAAGGAAAGGUGGACAAUGCAGCUGCUGUUAUCCACAAGCUGCUAAGAUCACCAAAACCUGAACAGCUUUAUCUCAAAUAUGCUCAUGACAUACUUGGUGCGGUUGCACUUCUUAUAGAGGUUCGGACCCAUAGGCUUAGCAGCAUGCUUUCAACAUAUCUUGGAGAAGAUCAGAUGCUUGCUGUAGUAUGCAAAUCCCGUGCAGCUGCCAGAUCUCUUGAAAAUUAUCAAAUGGAUGGAAAUGUGAAUUGCGCCAGUGCUCAUGACAUAUUAGCACCUAAGCUUGGAAUAUCCAUCAGGGGUUGAUAUUUGGUUAUAUGCCUUGAGGAUAUAAGGCCAUAUAUGCAAGGAGUCAGCAGUGAUCCCCAAAGAGAACUUGCUAUUCCGCACUCUACUUUAUCAAACGGAGAAACUCCCCCAGGCUUUUUGGGCUAUGCGGUUAAUAUGAUAUUCCUUCCUGCAGAACAUUUGCAGUUUAGAACUGCUCCAGGUCAUGGUCUCCGAGAGACAUUAUUUUAUCUUCUGCUUGGUAAGCUUCAAGUCUACAAGUCCAGAGAGCAACUUUACAUGGCAAGUUCCUGCAUUAAAGAUGGUGCGGUUUCCUUGGAUGGUGGAAUGAUGAGAGGAAAUGGAGUUGUAUCUGCAUCUGUUGGAUCUGAGGAACCAUGCAUUCUAUUUCCAGUCAUCUGCCUGGAAAGACAGUUGCCCCUCUCACCUGAGAAGGUAGAAAGAUUGAAGAGAAUCAAAGACUUGAAGCUGGAACAAAAUCAAUUGCAAGAUCAGAUACAGGAAGAGCUUAGGAAUGGAGCAAAGUACAAGAAGAAGUUGGCCAAAAAGCUCAAGUAUAAAAAGCAGAUUGAUGAUCAGUUGGAACCUUCGCCUGAAAUGUACAUCUCUGACAUGGAUAUCAGUUGAUGCUGGUUUGCUUCUUCUGAGGCUUGUACAUGUAAUAACGCUGUAGACUUCCGUUUUUUGGAACAUAUCUCUGUGAAGAUACACAGGGUAGUAUACUGUACAAAUCAACACCUAUAGCCGUCCAAGUAAAUGAAUGAUUUAAGUUGCAUCUUUCUACCUACUCUGUCUCAGUUUUGGUGCGCAGAGUUAGUUGUCUUUUAUAGAGUCAUAGGAAUCAUUUAUUGAUCUUUAUUUGGAAAAGAAUGAAAAGUGAAGCUGCCGCAUCUGGUUCCCUUUCAGAUAUGCUUGUAUGUGACAGUGGGAAUAACUACUGAUUCAGUGUCCUUUGCCGUGUUGCAAACAGUUGCAGUAAUAUAUAGUUACAUAUUACUAAUUCAAGUAAAAUACAUGCCAUGGUCAA